CAAGCAAACGCAGGAGAUUCGAGCUGGGCAUGUCAGCUGGACUCUGAAAAUAUUGAGUAACAUCGCAGAGAUGCCAGUGUUUGACGUCUCCUGACCAAGCUCCAGACAUGGUCGCAAUGCAUGAUUCCAGAUCUGAUCACGGCCUUGGCCUCGUCGCAGACUUGGGGACAGAUCGGCUAAUGGCAGAGAGAGCUGCAUUUGGCAUCCGUCCUUCUAUUCUGUUCUGCGCCCCACUUGCAGGAGCUCGAGGUCAUGAUACUUUGUAUCUCACCUGCCGACGGUCACUUUUUAAAAGUCCCACCAACGCUCGCUUUCUUGUCACCCAAAGACUCCCAUCUUACAGUCACUCGCUUGCUAUCGAGUUUAGGGCAAUAUAUUUGUUCGAGUCCCCGGCACAACCUGAGCUCGCUCUGUCGUUACUUCGAUACCCCGCCCUGCAGUCGUUCUAAUUACCAUAAUCAUUACUGCCUUUUGCUAUUGCGACCCACGAGAAGAACGAGCCAGAUAUGCGUACGGUCAAGUCUGCUGUGCUCUUCUUGUCGGCUCUCUCGCCGGCGGUUCUUGCUCAGACCUUCUCGAGCUGCAAAGAUGAUUUGCCUUCAUGCCCUGUCGACCCCGCCCAGAAAAACCCAGUCCUAGAUGCGAACUUUGGUUCUGGCGGUACCCCACCGGCAGGGUGGAAGCAAUCGGCGUGCAAAGGGAAGGCGACAUAUGAUUCCAACGGUGUUAGCCUCACCGUUGCUGAGUCAGGUGACUGCCCAGCUUUGGAGACGGAAGACUACUUCUUCUUUGGCAUGGUUGAGGUGAAAAUGAAAGCAGCACCGGGCGCCGGAAUCGUCUCCUCAAUUGUCAUGGAGAGCGAUGCCCUCGACGAGAUUGAUUGGGAAUUCAUCGGCGGAGAAAAUUACCGCGUCCAAUCGAAUUAUUUCGGCAAGGGUGAUACUUCCUCGUACGACCGUAUGGUGUACAUUCCAGUCAGUGAUCCACAGAACCAGGCUCAUACGUAUGCUGUCAACUGGACCUCGUCGGCCAUCACGUGGUUUGUCGAUGGAGCGGCUGUGCGUACUCUUCUCUACGCCGAUGCCCAAGGUGGCACGCGUUUCCCCCAAACCCCGAUGAAACUAAAGGUUGGAAUCUGGGCUGGCGGCGACCCCACAAAUAAUGCCCCAGGAACUGUUGCAUGGGCCAUGGGCGGCCAGCCGGGCACCACCAAUUAUGCUGACGGCCCGUUCUCCAUGUACGUCGAGAGCGUCAAAAUCGUCAACUACAGCCCAGCAGAUUCCUACACGUAUGGAGACAACUCAGGAACCUGGCAGUCAAUCAAGGUUCAGGGCGGUUCGACUGGCGGUAUUGUCUCCCCUGACCAGAUUGCUGCCGAGCAGAGCACUGUGUCCAGCGCGGCUAUCACAGUGUCAACGGGUUCCGCUCCACCAGUUCAGCCAUUGGCCACGGUGACGGCAAAUAGCACAACCAGUUCCACCUUAGUGACCAGCGUACAGUCAAGCUCAACCAGCGUUGAAACUGCUUCGGCUACCGCACAGUCUGGUUCACCCAGUGUUGCGUCUACAAGUACAACCAGCAGCGUCAGUGCAUCUCAUUCGUCAGGCCCGGUGCAAGCCACCGGCGCGGCGUCAUCGGCCCGCAUCGCAGGCGGAGUUUCUGCCUCAGCCUUGCUGGGAUUCCUGAUGGCUGUAUUUGCGUAAAUGGCCCAAGUUGCAUGUUGGUCUUUCGUCACACAUUGCAUGAGGAAUGUGGAGUUGGGACUGUUGGGUUUUUUAAAGCAUUUUUGUUUAAUGACUUAUAUGUGAUACCUCGAGUGUACAAUACAGGAACAAGCUUUGUCGAGAGAAGAGAACGAAUGAAGAAUUCAAAAUCUGUGCGA